AAUUUUAUGUAAAUGGAAUUCCAACCUUGUCCACUGUUGUGGUUGUUCCUUAUCGCAACCGUAUCGUAUUUGUGUACACAUCAUCGCACUGAUUUAAUUUCUUACAAUCUCAUAUCAACCAGGAAAGGGAAAGUCACAUCGUUCAGCAUGGAAAUGUUAACAGUCUAGUGUCACAAAAUGAAGCAAACCCUUUGAGCAAACAAUCGUAUCGGUUACAAUGGAAGGUGAUCCCAACUUAAAGUCGGACCAUGCCGAGAUUCGUUCCUUCGUCCUGUUCAAAAACUUUACCCAGCGAACCGUGGAAAUAUACUGGGUAAAUUACUCCUCGAAAUUCAUUCACUAUUCCGCGCUUGAGGCAGCAGCCCAGGUUCCGGUCAACACGUACGUUACCCACCCGUGGGUGUUCAUCGAUAAGUCCACCGGUGAACGCAUGCUGGUAAAGAAUCAACCGGUCUACUAUCCGGAACCGUGGUACAGCAACAUCGAUGCCAAUGGAAAACUAACCCGAAUCGAGGUGCAGAUACACUAUCCUCUGCGCAUUCUGAGAGAUAUCUGCGCUUGGAAGAUAUUCGCCUCGCUGAAGGACAAGAAGCGGUUUGUUGAUCUGGAACUUCCGAAGGUGCUGACCGAGGAGCUGCGGGAAUGUUAUAAUCUCUUUUUAAUGUCUAACAAGCUAGUGCAGUAAACAUGGUGAUAUUAUUAAUUUUCUUUAUGCCAUUUCAUAGCUAAUAAAUAUAUUGUCGCAAAAA